AUGCUUCCCUUCUGGGCUUCUGCACGUGUCGAUAGCCUUCUGGCCCUUGCCUCUGCACCAGAGUACAUGAAAGACUACGACAUGACCAACUCAACCCUUGUCAGAUUUAUCGAAGAUCAAAACGACAGCCCAGACAUUAACAUCUGGGAGAUGGCUGGCAACGGUCAGGACCACUUCUUUGUAUGGAGUUUCCGCCUACCAAAGGAAAAUUUCCAGACCUCACCAGAUGGCCGUGUUGCCUUGUCCGGAAAGUUUGUCGCAGGCGGCGACGAGUUCAACUGCACUCGGGAAUUUGUAUCUAAGCGAGUCGACAUGCUGAAGGCACGCACUGAAGAGCAGUUUUACAACGGACGCGCUCAUAUCAAGGUUCUCGAAGAUUCUCGGGAGAUGAAGGCGUGGCAUGUGACGGUGCAUGAACGUUUCAACUUUGCCGUCGAGAUGCAGGUGGAUUUUACCCAUUACCCCAAUCCAAUCUAA